GAGAAAGAUCGGGAAAUCAAGCAACUUCAAGAACAGCUGGUGUCUAGAUCUCGACAGACACCAGAUCCCCAGCCCCGGAAGUGGACUCCAAGAUCUUCAGUCUCCAGGUCAUGUAGGGUGUCCAGCAGGUCUAGUGUUGGGGGAAAAUCAUCACAAGAAACAGAUGUAUGA